CAAUUUUGACAUCUGUCUGAUCAAACGCGACGAAAAAAGUUAUUGGUUAGAAUUCUCACUGAGGAGUAAACUAAUUUUACUAAAAAUAUUUUAUUGUAACUAGUAGUUCAACAAAUUACUCGUACAAUAUGGCUAAUUCUGGGAAAGGAACAUUUCAACCAGAUUCAGACGUACACAUAUCUUAUGAGGAUCAACAAAAAAUCAAUAAAUUUGCUCGUCUCAAUGCCAAAUUAGAUGAUUAUAAAGAUGAACUUAAAGUAAGACAGAAUGAUAUGAAAAAUUUAGAAGAAGCAGUCGAAGAGUUAGGCCUUGCAGACGAUUCAGAGAAAAUCCCAUAUCUUAUUGGUGAAGUCUUUAUAUGCCAAAACUUGGAAGACACUUUAAAAUCUUUAGAGGAUGCCAAAACUAAAAAAGAAAAUGAAAUAGGUGAAUUGGAAUCAAAGUGUGAAGAACUAAAGUCUCAAAUGGGAGAAUUAAAAGCUCAUCUUUAUGGAAAAUUUGGAAGUCAUAUUAAUUUAGAAAAUGAAGAAGAUUAAAACAAACAGAAUGCAGUUUCAAAAAUAUUUAAUUUAAUCUAAUUAUGUUCUAAGAUUGAAAACUAUUUAGUUAACAAGUGCUAGAUAGUACAUAAUAGCUUGAUAAAUAUUAUGGCAUGCUUACAUUAUUACAGCCAAAACCAAAAGCUUUCUAUAACACUAACUUAACUAAGUAUUUAUAUAAGGAAAAUAUAUGUUUAACUCUUUAUUGCACACUUAACAAGAUACCUAAUUACAGUCAAUAUUUUUCAAAUAUUUUCAGUGUCUGGUGAUAAAUAAAUAUGAUGUCAAUAUACCUAUGUUAAUAAAUAAAUCACUCUUCUCUGAAUAAUUUCAGUAUUUUUAUUCUGUAAAUAUUCAAAGUUUGUUCAGAAUAUUAUAUUAUUUUUUACAUGUAGGCCAACCUUAUAAUUUGUUUGUUUUAGCACAUAUUGUGUAAAAUAAUUUAAUGUAAUAUGGCAUGCAUACCACAGGAAGCUAACUAGAAAAUGAUUCACAAAAAUAAUUUGUAUCUCUAUCUGGAUAUAAACUUAUCAAUCUCCAAAUUGUCCAGCUGAAACAUGCAUGAAGAAUAUCAUUAACACAUUUACCACACAAACCUGUUUGUUGUGGUUUAUCCCUA